ACGUUUAAACAUUAUGUAUGAACUUAGUACAUUAUACUAAAUCUAUGUUAUGAACAAACGACACAAACGUAUUUCGAAAAUCUAUAAUAUUAAUAAGGUUACUCCUUACGGGUACACCGCAACACAGUAAAUAAGCUAAAUAAGUAAAAUAAUAAUAAUAAACAAAACAAUAUGAGCAUCACAACUAGUAUUCCAUAUUUGCGGCAUCACAUAAUUACAAUACACCCAAAAUGUAUCAGCGUAAAGGUCGCCACAUACUGGACCAGUGCCGCCGCCACCUUGACCUCAAAACUGUUGCGUUCACCCGCAUUGCGAGCGUUUCCCAACGAGUGGAUUCUAACUCAAACGAAUUAUAUUUCAUAAGUCGCGGAUUGCUGCAAGCAAUGCACCGCCGCACGGCCGUCGGCCCGAUAACAUUAAUGUCGCGCCUUCCGACAACACUACACGUUCGAUUUACAAAUAAUCGAUUCGGCUUAGUGAUGUGACUAUGAUCGAAUAUCGAUCAUGAAUCUCAAAGUUUUGUGAUCACCGGUCAUGACGAUAUCGAGUUUGGCCGCUUCAGGGGUGGCAGCGUGGCCGCCUCCGGGGCCGUCGUCCAACUCGUUCCAGUUCCACCACCAGGGAUCUAAUUUCGCGAUAUUCCUGAUAUUUUUCGCGCUGUGCAUGAUGGAAGUGGUCGUUCUGAGGAUCAUCACGGAGGAGCAGGCGAGGGAGCAGGGCGGCUCGAGUGUGACCUCAAUGUGGUUCGACCCCGAUGAGGAGUGAUGUGAUAAGUGAUAGUGAUGUGAUAAAUUAAUGGUGA